GAUUGCCGUUGCCAAUAGAGACUGUCUCAGUUCACCUCCACUCCAUUCAUAAACAAAUCGCUCCGGCUCAGACCUCUGAGCCUCUACCUUAGAACAACAAGCAGAACUGGAUUUGUAUUUUGAAGUUUCGUCACUCUGUUAGAAACUUCUUGCUUUCUGCUUCAGCUCUGUUUCACUGCUCCCUCCCUCCUCUCCCUCGUCCUGCUCUCUCUCAGCUUCAGCAGGGGUGGACACUGACGCUCUGCUUAGUGUGGAUCUGUCAGGGGUGGAGUGUGCACAGUUUGUGUGUGCGUGUGUGUGCAUGUUUCUGUGGGGAACGUUUUUUUUCUUAGAACACUCUUUCUGAGUGUGAGAGUGGAGAGAGAGAGAGAGAGACACUCGUGGUGAUGUGAUUUGACUAAACAAACAGCCAGGCUCACUGCAGUACCUCCUCCAACGGACUCCUGGGACAGCAGAGAUUAACCUCAGAGUGAACAUCAGAGGGAUCUAUACAUUUGAAGCAGCAGCCCCUGUAGAGACAUCUCACUGGAAGUCUCUCCAAUUUCCUUCUGCUGGCCGACAACCUUCUUGGUCAAAGAGGAAAGAUUCUUCUGCGCUUCUGGGGUUCGUCUGAAGAACGACGUGACUUGAAGGCCUCCGUGAUGAGGAAGGUGACAGCAUCCCCGCUCCACCUGACAGUCACAUUUACAGCUCUGCUGUGUUUCUGCACUGAGCUGCGCUGCCUGGAGAUCACGCCCGGCGACAAAGAGUUUGUUCUGGCCAAGGGCUCCUCUCUUACCCUUACCUGCAGCGGCUCAGGGGAGACCACGUGGAAGUUUAAGAUGGACGACGUGCCGUACUUUCAGCUGGAACCAUCUAAACCGGGUCACCGGAGCUACGAGAUCGUGCAAAGCGGAGCCACAUCCAGCGUUCUGACAUUGUUCAAUGUGAGCUGGAAGCACACAGGCGUGUAUCAGUGCGUUGAUCAGCGCACUCGAGACACAGAGGAGGUGGCUGUGUUUGUCCCAGAUCCUGACGUGUGGUUCAUAGAGAGCUCUCACGGCAUGGUAACAAAGACCAGUGAAGAAAGCACCAUCCCCUGUGUGGUCACCAAUCCAAAAAUCACUGUCACCUUGCACGAGAGGGACACUGACAUACCCGUAAGUGGGGUGUAUGUUCCUAGUGAGGGCUACAAGGCGCCGGUGGAGGACAGGAAUUACGUGUGUCGGGGAGAGCUGAACGGGGAAGAGAGAGAGUCUCAGGACUUCUAUGUCAUCAGCAUUGUGGUCCCAGAGGCCAUUGACGCCUACAUCAAUGCUUCGAAGACGGUCCUGAAGCAGGGUGAACCACUGACAGUAAACUGCACAGUGCACGGAGUGGAGUUGGUGAAUUUUUCUUGGGAUAUUCCCAACAGAGGGCUUGACUUCUACGAGCCACUGACUGAUGUCCUGUCCCCCACGAGCAUGCGCUCCUGCCUCAUCUUCUCCCAGGCCACGGUGGACCACAGUGGAAAAUAUGUCUGCCACGUCCAUGAGGGUAUACAAGACCAGAGCGCCUCUGCCAGCGUCAACAUCACUGUGCUUGAAAACGGCUUUGUGGACAUCAAACCUCCUCAGCAACGAAACAUUUCAGUCAAGCUACAAGAGAACGUGGAGCUGAGAGUGGCGAUGGAGGCGUACCCUCCCCCACAGGUUUACUGGACCAAGGAUGGCGCCACCAUCCAGGGAGACAAAAUCAUCACCACAAGACAAGAGCAUGAAAUAAGUUAUGUCAGUGUCCUCACCUUGGUGAGGGUGAGGACAGACCAGAAGGGCCUCUACACUGUCCUUGUUACCAACGGAGAUGACACAAAGGAAAUGACCUUUGACCUGGAGGUCCAAGUUCCCGCUCAGAUUAAAGACCUGACUGACCACAGUCUCAAAGGGAAAAGACACUUGGUGACCUGUGUUGCUGAAGGGGUCCCAGCCCCAACCAUACAGUGGUACAGCUGUGGCAGCAUGCUCAAGUGUAGCAACCAGACAGAGGUGUGGAAGCCGCUGACACCAGAGCCAGAGGUGCUGAGCAUCCAUACGAACGUGAGCUACAAUGAGACAAGAAAGGUCAGUCAGGUGCGCAGCCAGCUGACCUUCCAGACACCUCAGCAGGUCACAGUUCGGUGUGAGACCAGCAACCAAGAGGGGCUCAUCAGCAGGCGGGACAUCAAACUGGUAUUCAGCUCCCUUUUCUCCCAGGUGGCAGUGUUGGCUGCUGUUUUAGCCUUAGUGGUCAUUGUUAUCAUGUCUUUCAUCAUCCUCGUUGCAAUCUGGAGGAAGAAACCUCGCUAUGAGAUCAGAUGGAAGGUGAUAGAAUCUGUCAGCCAGGAUGGACAUGAGUAUAUCUACGUGGAUCCCAUCCACCUGCCCUAUGACCUGGCCUGGGAAAUGCGUCGUGACCACCUAGUGCUGGGUCGCACUCUUGGAUCAGGAGCGUUUGGCAGGGUGGUCGAGGCAACUGCAUAUGGUCUCACAGAUUCGCAGUCCAGCACAAAGGUGGCAGUGAAAAUGCUGAAAUCUACAGCGAGAAGGAGCGAAACUCAGGCCCUGAUGUCAGAGUUAAAGAUCAUGAGUCACCUGGGUCCUCACCUCAACAUCGUGAACUUGCUAGGGGCUUGUACCAAACAUGGCCCUCUGUACCUGGUGACUGAGUACUGUCGCUAUGGCGACCUGGUGGAUUACCUGCACAGGAACAAGCACACGUUCCUGCAGUACUAUGCUGAGAAAAACCAGGACUACAGCUGUCUCAUCUCCAGAGGAAGCACCCCUCUCAGCCAGAGGAAAGGCUAUGUGUCUUUCGGAAGUGAGAGUGAUGGAGGAUACAUGGACAUGAGCAAAGAUGAGCCCUCAGUCUACGUUCCCAUGCAAGAGCAGAUAGAUUCCAUCAAAUAUGCAGAUAUCCAGCCUUCUCCGUACGAGUCUCUCUACCAACACGGCUUCUACCAGGAACAAGGAGGCAACAGUUUAGACCUGGUGAUCAGCGACUCUCCCAGUCUCACCUACGAAGAUCUUUUAGGAUUCAGCUACCAAGUGGCAAAGGGGAUGGAGUUCCUCGCCUCUAAGAACUGCGUCCAUCGUGACCUGGCUGCCAGGAACGUCCUGAUCUGUGAGGGCAAGCUGGUGAAGAUUUGUGACUUCGGCCUGGCCAGAGACAUCAUGCAUGACUCCAACUACAUCUCCAAAGGCAGCACUUUCCUUCCCUUGAAGUGGAUGGCACCUGAAAGCAUUUUCCAUAAUUUGUAUACCACCCUAAGCGAUGUGUGGUCAUAUGGCAUUCUUCUUUGGGAGAUUUUCACACUGGGAGGGACCCCCUACCCUGAUUUGCCCAUGAAUGAAUUAUUCUACAGUGCUUUGAAGGGAGGCUACCGAAUGGCCAAACCCACCCAUGCCUCCGAUGAAGUUUAUGAGAUUAUGAAGAAAUGCUGGGAUGAAAAGUUUGAGAAAAGGCCCGAGUUCUCAUUUCUGGUCCACAGCGUGGGGAAUAUGCUGACAGACAGUUAUAAAAAGAAAUACAACCAAGUCAAUGAAAACUUCAUGAAGAGUGACCACCCGGCAGUCGCCCGCACCAAACCUCGGCUGACCUCACCCUUUCCAGUCGCCAACCCAGCAUUUGGCACCCCAUCUCCUGUCACACUCCAAUCUCCACUGGAUGCCUACAACCAAAACUCAAGGCCUAGACAAGACUUCAGACAAGAGGCACAGGAAGUCAUACCGUCAUACAACGAGUACAUCAUUCCCAUUCCGGACCCCAAGCCAGAAGACGCUUUCACUGACAUGCCGUCGGAAAGUCCUGGAAGCUCUGUGGGUCUGGGGGCGGAGACCGACUCCAUGUCUCAGGACACUGCUGACACCCUUCCAGAGGAGGACCGGCUGGAAGAGACCAGCGAGAGAGACGCUCUGUUGGGCUCCUCCGGGACACCCGAGGUAGAAGACAGCUUCCUGUAGCCAGAUGUAGGAGCCCCGAGGAAACAGAUUUCCUUUCUGGGGCUGAAAAGGAACGUGAAUAAACUAAAAUGUAGCAAAGUAGAGACUGAGAUGGAAAUCUCUGUAUUUUCACUAGGCACACAGAAAGUUUCUUCUUUUUUUUAACUACAAGCAGUUAACUACAAAAUUAUCUUCUGUCAUUCGAUUGUAUUAGGAAACUUGCCACAAAUUAAUGCGGUACCCUCCUCACAAUUUACACUUAGUUUACAAGGUGUAGUGAGGUUUAUGAGGCCUUAAUAAAUAAGUGCUUUAUCUUUUAGAUAACUAAUCAACAACUGUUCCCCAUAUUCACUGUUCACAAGUAGGCUGCAUUUCCUUUUUUUAAAAAGUACGAAAUCAUUGACACAACAUUGUGAGAAAACCUCAAAUCCAUUUUUCUGUGUAGAUUUCAUCCACGUCACAACAGGCUUAAUUGGCUGAUUAAAGGCAACUAGACUUCGAUUUAGGUUUCUGAAGACAUUUCACCUCUGUCUGAAAGGUUCCUUAGAGGUAGUCGUAAGAGUUGCUCACCCACUCUGUUAUCACGUGAGUUCUUAGGAUCACCAGACCCAAGCCAUGGGUCAAAGUGUGAGUUUCACCCAUGUGUCCCUAAUGACUCACAUGAUGAGGACCACCAACAGGUGACAACCAAACUAAAGGUUAAAGACCUGCUAGUCCACAUCAGUUUUUUUCAGGCUUUUCAGGUAAGAGGUUAAACAUCCUCAAGAACCUGAAAAGAAGUUAAUUUGUCUUUAAUUGACAGGUUACAGAACAUUUUGUCCUAAAGCAUGAUCAGAUAUGAAAUGGUGAUAUUUAAAUGAAACCUUUACCUUCCUUCUUUUUCCUUACCUUGGGUACAGUCAAGAGAACUAAUCGUAGUAAAUACAAACAGGUUCCACAUGCACUGUUUUAAUGUGAGAUAUACUUUAUUUUUUAGUUUUAUAUGCCACAGCGUCAGUGUUUUUAUUUGUGUAUUUUGAAUAUUAUCUUGUAUGUGUAUGAAAACUUUUGGGAGUUUUUUUUGUUCUGUAUGCUUAACUCGUAGUUCUGUGCCAGAUUUGCACUUUAUGUAGAAAAUGUGGAUAUUCAUAACAAAAAAAUCAUUUCAAUUAUGUGAAAGUUACAUCGCAGCAACUGGGGAUCUAAUGUUAGAGUGAUUAUGAUAUGCAGUUUCUGUGACUCUCAAGUGAAAACAAUAAAUACAGCAUAUCACUGCCAUAGCACAAGAUGGCACAGAUGAGUGCCUUUGUAUAGACUGAUUGUUGUCUCGGGCUGUUGUUGCUUGCAUAUGAAGGGCUGCUGCUCAAAAAAUAGAUAGCCAUACAGUAUGUACACAUGAAAAAAUCUAAAAAAAAAUACCUGUAGUCUUCUGUUGCUUUGGAUAACACUGACUGUGUUUCAACGUAAUUCACCACUUAAAGGAAGAACACGUCUUUAUUUCCUGUAGCCUUUCUUACUCUAUGUAAAAUGCACAAGAUCACUGUUAUCACAAGCUAUGGUACCAAAGCUCUUCUUAACGUUUACAAAUGUAUUUUUUAUAUGUGUCAUUUUCUAUGUUGUAAAUGUGACAAUAAAGUGUAUUAUCGUAGUA